CAUUGGUCCAAAUCUUUCCAGCUCUUUGAAAGGGUCAAAUCAUGAUUGAAGGGUGUUAGACUUCUGUGGGGUGGUAAUUUUCAUAAGCAUGAGAGAUGGGUGUCAUGAUUUGCAAAGCUUUGUUGGUAAACGUCAAGCCCUUGUUGAGUUCUUCAUUGAUGAAUCAACAAAGUUGAUUGUACAAAUUUCUAUUUCCUCCCAACUUUGGUCUUGUAGUUGCCAUGUGAUAUAUCGGUAGCCAACCACCUUUGCAAGUGUUGACACCGGUCUUCUGUGAGCACCCACUUUCUUAGGGUGUGCUGAUUUCUGUAGAUUUUACUCCUCUUGUUAUUUCCAUAGGUGUGAGAUGCACAAUGCGAAACCUAGGCCCCAGCUUUUGCACCAUGAUGCACAGGGUUGUACUUUUGGUACUGAACUGAUAGGUGGCCUAGUGGUUAUGCCCUGUACUGCCAUUUUGAGGAUCUGGACUCCGUUUCCUGCCUUGCUCUUUGGACUACAUUGUCAAUUCACACCGAAACUAUGUUCCAACUUCCUGUCAACAAUCUUGGCAGUUUAAGAAAAGCCCGGAAAACUGUGAAAAAAAUACUUAGUGACAUUGGGUUGGAAUACUGUAAAGAACAUAUAGAAGAUUUUAAACAGUUUGAACCUAAUGACUUUUAUUUGAAAAACACUACAUGGGAGGAUGUAGGACUAUGGGACCCUUCGCUUACAAAAAACCAGGACUAUCGGACAAAACCUUUUUGCUGCAGUGCUUGUCCAUUUUCCUCAAAAUUCUUCUCUGCCUACAAAAGUCAUUUCCGGAAUGUCCACAGCGAAGACUUUGAAAAUCGGAUUCUCCUUAAUUGCCCCUAUUGUACCUUCAAUGCCGACAAAAAGACUUUGGAAACACACAUUAAAAUAUUUCAUGCUCCAAAUGCCAGCGCACCAAGUAGCAGCAGCCUCAGCACUUUCAAAGAUAAAAACAAAAAUGAUGGCCUUAAACCUAAGCAGGCUGACAGUGUAGAGCAGGCUGUUUAUUACUGUAAGAAGUGCACUUACCGAGACCCUCUUUACGAAAUCGUUAGGAAGCACAUUUACAGGGAACAUUUUCAGCAUGUGGCAGCACCCUACAUAGCAAAGGCCAGCGAGAAGUCACUCAAUGGUGCAGUCCCCUUGGGUGCAGGUGCCCGGGAAGAGUGUAGUAUUCACUGCAAACGAUGCCUUUUUAUGCCAAAGUCCUAUGAGGCUUUGGUGCAGCAUGUCAUUGAAGACCACGAACGCAUAGGCUAUCAGGUCACUGCCAUGAUUGGGCACACAAACGUGGUGGUUCCCCGGUCCAAGCCCUUGAUGCUGAUUGCCCCCAAGCCCCAAGAGAAGAAGGGUGUGGGGCUCCCUACAAGAAUCGCUUCCCUUGCUUCUGGAAACGUCCGGUCUUUACCCUCACAGAUGGUCAGUAGACUGUCAAUACCAAAGCCUAACCUAAAUUCCACAGGGGUUGGUGUGAUGUCCGGUGUGCACCUGCAGCAGAACAGCUUUGGAGUCAAGGCUGUGGGCCAGAGCUAUGGCGUUGGUCAGUCCAUGAGGCUGGGCCUGGGCGGUAAUGCUCCUGUUUCCAUCCCCCAGCAGUCUCAGUCUGUGAAGCAGCUGCUUCCGAGUGGAAACGGAAGGUCUUAUGGGCUUGGGGCGGAGCAGAGGUCCCAGGCUCCAGCCAGGUACUCCCUACAGUCUGCCAGUGCUGCCGCGCUCUCAUCCGGUCAGCUGAAGUCUCCGUCCCUCUCCCAGGCACAGGCAUCUAGAGUACUCAGUCAGUCCAGUUCCAAACCAACCGCCGCGGCCACCGGCCCUUCCCCACCCAACACCUCCGCAACCCAGAAGUGGAAGAUCUGCACAAUCUGUAAUGAGCUUUUUCCUGAAAAUGUAUAUAGUGUGCACUUCGAAAAAGAACAUAAAGCCGAGAAAGUCCCAGCGGUAGCCAACUACAUUAUGAAAAUACACAAUUUCACUAGCAAAUGCCUCUACUGUAAUCGCUAUUUGCCCACAGAUACCUUGCUCAAUCAUAUGUUAAUUCAUGGUCUGUCCUGUCCAUACUGCCGUUCAACGUUCAAUGACGUGGAGAAAAUGGCUGCUCACAUGCGGAUGGUUCAUGUGGACGAAGAGAUGGGCCCCAAGACGGAUUCCACUUUGAGUUUCGACUUGACGUUGCAGCAGGGCAGUCACACGAACAUCCACCUCCUGGUCACCACGUACAACCUGAGGGACGCCCCCGCCGAGUCCGUGGCCUACCAUGCCCAGAACAACCCUCCCGCUCCUCCGAAGCCGCAGCCCAAAGUGCAGGAGAAGGCCGAUGUCCCCGUGAAGAGCUCCCCUCAAGCUGCAGUGCCCUACAAAAAGGAUGUCGGGAAAACACUUUGUCCUCUUUGCUUUUCAAUCCUCAAAGGACCCAUAUCCGACGCCCUUGCCCAUCACUUACGGGAGCGCCACCAGGUCAUCCAGACAGUGCACCCGGUGGAGAAAAAGCUCACCUACAAAUGCAUCCAUUGUCUGGGCGUGUACACCAGCAACAUGACCGCCUCCACCAUCACUCUGCAUCUGGUGCACUGCCGGGGAGUGGGGAAGACCCAGAACGGCCAGGACAAGACGAACGCGCCCUCGAGGCUCAAUCAGUCUCCAGGUCUGGCCCCGGUGAAGCGCGCCUAUGAGCCAGUGGAGUUUCCCUUGCUGAAGAAGCGGAAGCUGGAUGAUGACAGCGAUGCCCCUGGCUUCUUUGAGGAGAAGCCCGAAGAGCCUGUUGUUUUAGCUUUAGACCCCAAGGGUCAUGAGGAUGAUUCGUACGAAGCCAGGAAAAGCUUUCUAACAAAGUAUUUCAACAAACAGCCCUACCCCACCAGGAGAGAAAUUGAGAAGCUAGCUGCCAGUUUAUGGCUGUGGAAGAGUGACAUCGCUUCCCAUUUCAGUAACAAAAGGAAGAAGUGUGUUCGCGAUUGUGAAAAGUACAAGCCCGGAGUGCUCCUGGGCUUCAACAUGAAAGAACUGAACAAAGUUAAACACGAGAUGGAUUUCGAUGCUGAGUGGCUGUUUGAGAAUCAUGACGAGAAGGACUCCAGAGUCAACGUGAGUAAGACAGUUGACAAGAAGCUAAGCCUUGGGAAGGAAGAGGACAGUUCCUCAGAUAGCUUUGAAAAUUUAGAAGAAGAUUCCAACGCAAGUGGUAGCCCUUUCGAGCCUGUUUUCGAAGUUGAGCCCAAAAUUCCUAAUGAUGAUCCGGAGGAACACGUGCCGAAGGUAACUCCAGCCGAGGCCUUAGAAUCUGAGGAGGAGCCAGGCCAAAAAGAGGAGGAGAGUCCAAAACACGAAACCAUUCAUUUGACUGAGGAGCCUGCCUCCGACAGCGAGGACGAGCAGGACGACGACGUGGCGGAGUGGAAGGACGGGCCUUCCCCAGCCGAGAGCGGCCCUGGCUCCCAGCAGGUGUCAGACUCUGAGGAUAACGCGUGUGAAAUGAAGCCAGGAACUUGGUCAGAUGAGUCUUCCCAGAGCGAAGACGCCAGGAGCAGCAAGCCAGCUGCCCAAAGAAAGGCUGCUGUGCCAGCUGACGGGGAGCAGUUGAAGUGGAAGAAUAGUUCCUAUGGAAAAGUGGAAGGGUUUUGGUCCAAGGACCAGUCACAGUGGAAGAGUGCGUCGGAGAGCGCUGAGCGCUUAUCUAGCCCCCAGAUGGAGUGGCAGAACAGCGCCAUUGACAGUGAGGAGGGGGAGCAGUUUGACGGCGUGACUGACGGGGUAGCCGAGCCCAUGCAUGGCAGCCUGGCGGGAGUGAAACUGAGCAGCCAGCAGGCCUGAGCGCCUCGCCCCUCCACCCAAGGACUCGUAGACUGUUCUUUGCCCACCUGGCCACAGAGCUGGCUUCCGACUGGUGCCACCUGUGGAGACUGGCAGCAGGCUGUGGGGGACAUGUGGCUAUUUCUCAGUCUAUGGCGCACGACUGAUUGGCUGAUCUUGCUUCAGACCUUUCUCCGGUAGGCACGGUAACUAAAUGUGACAAGCCAGAAAGCUGGUGGCUCAGAACGCACAUGGGGAAAGCAAAGGCUUGCUUUAUCUGCCUUGCAACACCACUUCCCACUGUCAGCGUGUGGUUGGAUUGCCUUGAGAGGCGGUGUCCGGCUCACGUGGCGGGCAUGCAGGCCAGCGUUCAAGCUACCAGUCUAAUGUGUAUAGUAGACUCUGGGAAAUCAACCUUUUUUUUUUCACGUAUUCAUUCUGGAUAGCUAAAAAUGUAUAUUUGUACAGUCUUUUAGACCUAUUCAAGUGAUGCUUAUGAUAAUUGUUAUUGUGUGCUCCAUCUAGAUUUGUUUCUUUUUCUUUUUUUUUUUUUAAAGAGUUGCCCUUGCUGUGUAAUAAACGCUGUAUCUAGCUUACUUAGCAAAAGCUUGGACCUGCGCUAGUAUGGACCUUUGGACAGGCUUAGUUUUUGCACAUAAUCUUGUACAAUCUUGGAACAGAGGCCAACCACAUAAGAUAUAUAUCUGGACUCUCUUGUAUUAUAGAAUUUUUCUUGUUCUGAGUAUCCUUGACAUUACAGCUGUCAAAAAAAAAACUAUUUCAGAUAUGGUUCUGAAAUCUUUUAAGGUUAAAAAAAAUAUCACACACAAGAACUGACUUUGCAGCUACUAAUUUUGACACCUUUUAGGUCUGUAUAAAAGUGUGAUGUGUUAAAGCAGCAAGCACAGUUGUGCUGCGUUUUGGAUAUUUAGUUUUUUCUUUAGUUGAACACCAUCUUGGUGUUUUCAUUUAUACCAUCUAAUAUAUGACACACUGUUGUAGUAUGUAUAAUUUUGUGGUCUUUAUUUCCCUUUGUAUUCAUUUUAAGCAUCUAUUAAAUAAAUUGUUGUAUUGUGCUUAA